UUUUAAUGUUGACAUUUGUAAACUAAAUGCUGUCACAAAUGCUCUUAAUAUAAUGUUAUAACUACCAUUAAAUAUUAAUCCAAUUCCAUGUUGUGAUUUGAUAUUUUCAUCUCAUAUCUGAUUUAAAAAUAAAAAACAAACAGGCACCAAGAAAUCAUUCCCACGCGGUUUGCAUGCGCGUGGUACUCUCUCACGUCAGCGUUUGUGGACCCCACAUCGGCAAUUUAAAACCAAACAAAUGACAUCCCACCCAAUCACUUCCGAAUAAUGUUCCCGUCUCUGUUUCUUUCGUUCCACAUACUGAUUCUACCUCUGUUCCCACAACCGGAUUUUCUCCCACGCGCCUCCGCCGCCGGCGGAAAGUGGGAUGUGCUCCUCUCAAACAUCGGCGUCUCCGCCAUGCACAUACAGCUCCUCAACAACGACCGCGUCGUCAUCUUCGACCGGACGGAUUUCGGCAGCUCCAACAUAUCCUUGCCGGCCGGAAAAUGCCGCAACGACCCCAACGACACCUACUCGACGGUGGAUUGCACCGCCCACUCGGUCGAGUACGACGUCGUCUCGAACACCGUCCGGCCGCUCACGGUGCAAACCGACACCUGGUGCUCCUCCGGCGCCGUCGCACCCGACGGAAGUUUAGUCCAAACUGGAGGCUACAACGACGGCGACCACGCCGUCAGAACGUUCCGACCGUGCAACGACAGCUCCUGCGACUGGCAGGAAAUUAACCCCGGACUCAUCAAGAGAAGAUGGUACGCGACGAACCACAUUCUGCCGGACGGGAAACAGAUUAUCAUCGGCGGGCGGCGGCAGUUCGGUUUCGAGUUCUACCCGAAAACAUCGCCGGCGGAUUACAAGUCGUACAACCUGUCGUUUCUUGUUCAGACAUACGACCCGCUGAUCGAGAACAACUUGUACCCGUUUGUUUUUCUGAACACAGACGGUAAUUUAUUCAUCUUCGCCAACAAUCGAGCUAUCUUGUUCAAUUACUCGAACCGGGUCGUGGUGAAAACCUACCCGAUUAUUCCGGGCGGGGAUCCGAGAAGCUACCCGAGUUCGGGUUCCGCAGUUUUGCUUCCGCUGAAGAACAAUUCCGGAGCAGAAGUUUUGGUUUGCGGUGGUGCUCCGAAAGAUUCCUAUGUCAACGCUACAAAUGGAAUCUUUUUGCCAGCGCUUGACACGUGUGGCAGGAUCCGGAUAAACGACCCGAAUCCUCAAUGGGUCGUGGAGACAAUGCCGGGUCCUCGGGUUAUGGGGGAUAUGGUGUUAUUACCAAAUGGCAAUGUGUUGAUUAUAAACGGGGCGAGAUCGGGUACCGCGGGUUGGGAAUACGGUCGGGACCCGGUUUUAUCGCCCGUUAUUUACCGACCCGAUAAAUCGAUUUGGUCCAGAUUCGAGGUGCAAAACUCGAGUACUACACCUCGGAUGUACCACUCGACGGCGGUAUUACUCCGCGACGGUCGGGUUCUAGUUGGUGGAAAUAAUCCACACGCGUAUUAUAAUUUUACGGGGGUUUUAUUUCCUACUGAUUUAACCCUAGAAGCGUUUUCUCCUUCUUAUUUGGAUUCGAAAUUCGCAAGUUCGCGUCCGGUAAUCGUUACGCCCGUUUCACCGUCUGUAAUCGGGUACGGGCAAGAAUUGACGAUUGGUUUCGCAGUCGCUUCGGGUAGGAUAAUUGGGUCUUUGGUGAAGGUAACGAUGGUGGCACCCUCGUUUACGACCCACUCGUUUUCGAUGAAUCAAAGGCUAUUGGUACUUAGUGGUGGGAAUGUGACAACAUCAUUUGAUAAUACUACAUAUCAAAUUCGGGUCAUAACGCCGGGUUCGGGCAUUCUUGCCCCAUCCGGGUACUAUCUACUUUUUGUGGUGUAUCAAGAGAUUCCUAGUGAGGGUAUUUGGGUCCAAAUCAAGUGAAUUAUAACAUUCUUUUUUGUAUGUAUGUGUGUAUAUAUAUAAUUAGACAUCGCCCCAUUAUAUUUCCAUUUUGAUUUCAAAUUAUUAUUAUUUUUUAUCAUAA